CUAGAAGACAAACGCCGUGGUCCUCCCACCUCCCCAACGCUCCUGAGUGCAGCCCAAGAAACAGGAGCUAUUUUUAAUAAACCGAUGAAUGGGACUUUGCCCCGCACUGGAUCCCGAGCCCGGCUCUGCGUGGAGAAGUGGGGCGCAUAAGCGGACAGAGGGACAGUAUUUUCUUUCAGUGAGACCCGAGGUGGAAAAGACGCAGCAAUGACAGAGCAGCAGUCGUGCGCAGCGGCAAAAUAGACCAACUAUUGUGGGCACGGAAGAUUGAUAACACAACUGGGCGAGCAACGAGAGCGGCAGAUGUAAUUUCCAAACGUUGCAGCUGGUUUGGUGCCAGUGGUGUGCUGGAUGGGUUAUUAUUGCGUCCUUCUUUUCAUCAUUCACUGCUUCCAGCGUUUCCACAUUACUUGGGGAUCUCGGACGGCUGUCUGUGAGGGAGUAUUGCUGCAGAGACAAGCGGGGAAUGCCAUGUGUCGUUGCGCGACAUAGAAGCUCUUUGUGGGCUGUUUUGCACCGGGGACAGGUGGUGCCGUGUGUGUGUGUGUAUGUGUGUGUGGGGGGGCACGGACACACAACCCCUGAGACAGUUGUCUUAGGGAUGUCAGGCCGGCGUACGGGAUCAGUUUUUGCCAGAGACAGGUGCGACAGGGAGGAGUAGUUUACAAAGCCCUACACAGGAUCUGGUAACGCACUAACGAGCCUCCUCUCUCCUCUGAUCACUCGGAUUUUUUUGUAUCCAGCGGGACUCACAAUCGACUCACACUGCCAUUACUCGGCGGCACCUUUCCCCCGAUAAUCAAAGACUCCGCCGUUGUGUUGCCAUGGCGACCGUGGCCCCUCCCUUCUUCCUGCUGUGUUGGCUGCUCCAAGUGGCGAGCUCGGCGUUCCCAGAGGAACCGGGGCCCAUCAACGUCAUCCCCACCGAAGUGGUGAGAAAACACCCAGUGUUUCUGGGCCGACCCCACCGAACAUGGCUGAGACAAGAGCCUCUACACAUCCAGAGGGUCCUCCAAGUCAAUCGGACGCUCUACAUUGGAGCCAGGGAUGACCUUUUCCGCGUGGAGCUGGACAUCGUUGCAGGAGACGAGAUGUUCUACAGCAAGAAAAGGACGUGGGAGUCGAACAAGAAUGACAUCAGGAUCUGCAGGAUGAAGGGGAAGCAUGAGGACGAAUGCCGUAACUUCAUGAAGGUGCUGCUCAGCAGAGAGGGAGGCCUGUUUGUGUGUGGGACCAACGCCUUCAACCCACUCUGUGCCAACUACACUGGAGACACUCUCGAGAUGGUAGGAGACACAGUUAGCGGUAUGGCGAGGUGCCCCUAUGACCCCAAACACGCCAAUGUAGCUCGGUUUGCAGAGGGGAAUCUGUUCACAGCUACUGUGACAGACUUCCUGGCUAUUGAUGCGGUGAUCUACCGUAGCCUUGGGGACAGUCCCGCUCUGCGCACCGUCAAGCACGACUCCAAGUGGUUCAGAGAGCCCUAUUUUGUCAGCGCUGUGGAGUGGGGACCUCACAUCUACUUCUUCUUCAGGGAGAUAGCCAUGGAGUUCAAUUACCUGGAGAAGGUGGUGGUGUCACGUGUGGCUCGGGUGUGCAAACGUGAUCUGGGUGGGUCUCAGCGCGUCCUGGAGAAGCAGUGGACGUCAUUCCUGAAGGCCCGUCUGAACUGCUCCGUCCCUGGUGAUUCCCACUUCUACUUUAACUUGCUCCACUCCACCAGCCCCAUCAUCAAGAUGCACGGCAGGGACAUAAUCCUGGGAGUGUUCUCCACACCAGCGAACAGCAUCCCGGGUUCGGCGGUGUGUGCCUUCGACAUGGAGCAGCUGGCUGCUGUAUUUGAAGGGAGGUUCAAGGAGCAGAAAUCACCGGAGUCUAUUUGGACGCCUGUUCCAGAUGAAGUCAUCCCAAAGCCAAGGCCCGGUGGCUGCGCCGUUCAAGGUUCCAGGUUUAAUUCUUCAAACGCGUUCCCUGAUGAGAUGCUCAACUUCAUCAAGACCCACCCUCUGAUGGAUGAGGCCGUCCCAUCACUCGGACAAAGACCCUGGAUUGUCAGGACCAUGGUCAGGUACCAGCUGAAUAAGAUUGUGGUGGAUACAGAGGCCGGGCCUUAUAGAAACCGGACCAUCCUGUUCCUCGGGUCGAGCAGGGGGACCAUCCUCAAGUUCCUCAUCAUGCCCAACCAGGACAACACCGUCACCAGCAAUAACAUCUUCCUGGAGGAAAUGGAGGGAUUCAACCCUGAUAAGUGUGCUGAAGACUCUCCGCAGGCCAGGCAGCUGUUGUCUCUGACUCUGGACCGGGUGAGCCACACUCUUCUCCUCGCCUUCCCCUCCUGUGUGGUCCGAGUACCAGUGGCACGAUGCCAGCUCUACUCCCGAUGCAUGAAGAACUGUAUCGCCUCCAGGGAUCCGUACUGUGGUUGGACCAGAGGAAGCACCUGCUCAUUCCUCAGACCUGGAACCAGACUGCCGUUCGAGCAAGAUGUUGAACAGGGAAACGUGGCCCACUUGGGUGACUGUGACGGGAUGCUGCUCCAAGAGAGUUUCAUCGAGGAGCCUGAUGGUCUGGUGUCUGUAAACCUGCUGGUGGUGUCUGCUGUUUCAGCCUUCGCAACAGGAGCCGUCCUCUCUGGCCUCACCGUGUGCUGGAUCAUGAGUCAUCGCCACCGCCACUCCAGAGGCUCUGGAGCUAACGGCGCCCGCCGCAAAAGUGACAAAGAGCAGAGCAUGCUGGGGCAGGGCCGCAGCGGGUCAGUAAUGAGUGUAACAAGAACCAGCGGCGGUGAGAGGCGUCGUUCACAGGCGGACAACCCCUUCGUCACGCCCAACGGCUGGCCUAAAGGAGAAAUGGACCCAGGAUUGCUGCCUACCCCGGAGCAGACACCGCUGCAGCAGAAACGGGCCAUGCGUCUCCCAGACACUGACUGGGACCAGAGCCAGACCUUCCUCACCGCCGUAGGGACUCCCUGCCCCAACAACUCUGUCAUCUACCUGAGUUCCAAGUUCCUGCAUGGCGGUGGAGGGGGUGGAGGGAUGGUGCGGAUAGAGGACCCAGGGGAGGUCGUGCUGCCCCCACACACAGAGCGCCAGCGCUACCUGAUCCUAGCCACCCAGAGAGGGGAGCACGGUGGCAGUCGUCCCAGCGGCACCAUGAGGAACUCAGCGGGAGAAUACAUCUACCCCGCCACGCCGCAGGACUCCCCCGACCGACGGAGGGUGGUGUCUGCUCCCACUCCCCACAUGGACUACGGGGAGCCUCGCUGGAGUCACGAGGCACUCAACUACAACAGCAACAAUGGAGUGCCAUAUCACCCCCAGCGCCAGGGCCUCAUCAGGCCUGAUAUGCAUGGGCCCCGAGGGCUAGGAGAACUGGCUGACUUCAGCCAUCUUCUAGGGAAGAACAUGGGAGAGCGCACCCCCAGUGGCCAGUGAGGCAAAGUACGUGAACCCUGGCACCAAGCUCUCUCUGAACACCCAUUCCCUCCAACAGCAGACUGGAAUAAAUCAACCCCUCAGACUCACCGUCCCGGUCCAACCUUACCCUGUCUGUCCUCUCUCACUGUCAUUCAAUGUUCUGACGUCAUUCAGCUGACUGAAGAGAGAGACAAAGAGAGAGUUGAAAAAGAGGAGCAAACUCUCCUCACGUCUCCGUUCCUCUGCUCUUAAUCUGAGGUGCACGCCUCUGCUCUGUAAGUGGUCCGACCCACAGAGCUUGACUUUGACACUGCAGGACAAACAGUAAGGUAAAGAGAGGGGUGCAAAGGAAAGGGAAUCUUCUCAAAGCAGAGUGUGGAGAUUAUAAAAAAAAAAUAAUGACAGUUUCCCUUACAGCGCCAAAUGUGAAAGGUCUCCCUCCACCAUUUUGUUCACCGUUUUGACACCAUGGAUCUUUGAGUGUGAAAUUUAAUUUCUGCUUUUAUUUUUUUGUGCCAGUGGCAUCCAGCAGACAAAAAUGUGCUUUACUUUGGAUUUCAGAUGAGACUAAAACUGUUGUAGCCGUGCCAGAGGGCAGUGACUCUCAAUGAAUCAUGCAGUGUGUGUAUGUGAUUGUGUGUAAGUGUGAAUGUGAGUGGCCACGACAACCCCAACCAGUGUCCUGUCUUAACUGUGAAGUAUAACUAUAUAACUAAAGUUUCUGUACGGAGGAGGUUGGGUGUUAACAUUAUUUUCCCUUUUUAUAAACAAUCACAAGGAGACAAAUGGAUUUUCUUAUGUGUCUCUUUGUGUUUACCAAUCAGAGGUUUGGGCGGUUCACCAGUUGCUAGGGAAGGGUUGAGACUCCCAUUAUAGUUUUUGUGAUUCCCAGUACCUCAGAAGCAGCGCUGGACAGAGCCAUCAUGACAUGAAAGAAAGCAAUAAUAAGCAGGAAACAGAAGGAAGAAGAUAAAUCCAAUUUAAUUUGAUAUUUUGUAAUGUAACUGUUUCUCAGCAAAGCAAACAGAAGUUUAGAGAUGUCAGGAGAUGCAGGCCGCUGGGAAAAGGAACAAUAUCUCCCCUCCAUUCUUCCCUCCCUAGCUGCCUCUCAGUAUGCCUGGGUCUGUCUGACCUGACCUGAGGCCCCUAUGGGCUCCUCAGUCCAUUUGGAGGAGGGAAUGUGAGCUGUGGCUGUCUGGCUGUCUGACUGGGGCUGUGAGGCCCGGCCGCUUGGGAGCUCCAUUCAGCCUCUUCUGCCCGACACUGAGCCUCUUUGUGCCCCAGAAGCAGGAGGAGACUGCAGCAACAAAUAGCCGUUAAGAGUCAGGGACCUAGCCCAGCUCCACAGCCUAGCAGAAUAUCAAUGAGGAGGACAGCAGCUCCAUCCGUCAUGUGAGAUGUACCAACCAGGACCGGGCAUCUCUUGUGCUUCACCCGCUCUGGUGAUUCACUGGUUUGCCAGGACAAGGGAGGAGCUGAGGGCUGGAGCUGGGGCCGAGGCCAGGGUUGGGGCACUGCUUACUGUCACAAUGGUCAUCCCUUGCGACUUCAUCCCUUUCAGUGUGUUUCCCAACAAAAGCGGGAUAAAGAAAACAGAUGGGCAUGGGUGUACUUGGGUGUGGAGUUUCACUCCGUUGUCUGAUCUUUUGAUGUUUUCUUUUUUUUGUCUGUUCUCAUCCAUUCUUGAUUCAAAUGUAGAUCCAGAGAUAGCUUUAGUUCAUCUGGGUCAUGGUGUGUUAGUGGUGGUGUGUUUUUGUGUCUGUGGGCUUGAGGGUGUGAGUCUCUUUGGGUUUGUGUCCAUGAAUGUGGUACUCAUAUUGGGCACAAAAAACAGCUUUGAUCAGAUUUACUCUCAUUCUCACCCUUCUUCUGUUUUCUCUUUCUCUAUUGAGCCAUUAAUGUUGUGCAGCUACCCUUUGCUUGACAUUCACUAAUCAGUGUCGGAGCCCUGCGUGGGAGCAGUGUGUGCUACUUAAACCAUCACACUUUACACAGAGUAGUACGGCUAAAAUGUAGAAGAUGGCAUCUGCUUAGUUAGGUACACAGUACACACACACAAGAAAUAUCACAGUGUACAAAAAACUAGGGCUCAGCAUUGAUUGAAAAGUUUAUACCUUUUGGUUUUUGUGACCACAAAUACAAAAUAUGAUUGAAAUAUCCAUGUUAUUCAAUUUAAAGCAUCAGUAAGGAGCUUUAUAGCGUCUUUUAGCUGGUUGUUUAGGUGUGUUUGAUCUCACUGCACUGAUCAGUGUUGUUAUCAGCCUCAGCUACCAGCUGGUUUUCACUGUACACGUCCUGGUUGGCACCAAACAGCAGACAGUUAAAGUUAGUGACUAGCUGAUCAGCUGGUGAACAUGGUUAAAGGGAUACUUUGCCAAUUCUCAACCAGCUUUGUAUCAUACUGUAACAGUAGGGGUAUUAUGUGCAAAUGAACUAUGGUAAACUUCCCUCCAUCUUACCAGUGCCCAGAUCCCCAUGCUCAUCACCCAGCUCUAGGGCUGUUGCUCAAAUUGCAGACUGUACUUCCUCAUUUUCGUAUGCCCACCACCACAAAUACAAAGAGUAUAGAAGAGGAUCGAGAGAGAAAAAGACCCAAUCCCCUCUCUCUUGCUCUCAAAUGCAGACCAAACUCAGAUCAAACUGUCAAACUAGGCAGUGCUGAUCAAAAAUGAACCAAGAUUCUGUUAUUGUAUUGCCUAUUUCUCGCCUAAAUGUCUUCAGAAAAAAAUUUUAGUGCUCUGUUUGGCUGUAAUAUGAGAAUUCUUGAACAGUAAGCGUUCGCCAUACUGUUUCCUGUAUUGUUAAAAUGGAGGCUGAAAACACUUCGAUCAGACGCUUAUCAAAUGUUCUGUUUAAACUGUUUAGCUGUUAUUUGAGAUCAUUUGUUACCAGCUGGUUAAAAUGGACAAGCUCGUUACCAGCAGGAGCAUUUAUUGGUCCAGUGCGGUGCAGUGCAUUCUGAUAGUUGUAGUUUUUCUACCCCCUGAGCAAAAGCGAGUGCCACAGCCCCUUUCCUGUUUUCUCUCCUCAUGUAGUACCAAUAUCAAAAGUAUUUGCGUCUUUCAACAGCAUACACAGCCAAAUUUUAUAAAAAGACCAUCUGUCCAGCAGUGAAAUACUUCUUUAAAAAUGUUGCAGCUAAAAAGCCAGGUAUUUCCCUCAGGGGUUGGUGGAGACCAAAAACAGAGCUAAAAGAGAGUGAAUACUGAACUUCACCUCAGAAGGUGAUAAUAUGUCAGUGUUGUCUGUACACUUUGUUUCUGCUGCCAACAAGUGGCCUAAAAUCAGUAACUGAAUGUUGAAUGUAAAGAUACUAAGGCUGGGUUUUGUUUGUAAUGCUUCAAUAUUUAGACCAAUACAUAGUGGAGAACACUUUUAUCGUUUUUUCUCCAAAUCCUAUUUUCCACUUAACAACAAAAGCUAAAGUAGUGACAAUGUAUAAACACAAGCAACCACAUGAGAACUUCCUCUGGAAAAAAGGCUGUCAACAUUUCAAUUUAAAUCAAGGACUGUUUGAUCAUAAAAAAGUAAACAACAUUUUAAAUCAGACCAAAUAUUUAACAGCUGACAGUUUUCAACACUCAGUGCCACAAACACAUUUCUGCUGGUACCAAAACAGCAGCGACGUUCAGUACCCAGCCAGAGCUGGAGCUACUGCAUGAGACAAGCCAGUGAAAGAGAUUUAUGAAAGCAAGGACAGAGGAGGAGGUCAUGCGGGCGAACAUGAUGUUACUGCAUUACCGCCUCAGCACAUUAGUACAGUGUAUUCUUUACACAUUCCGCCCUGAAACAGGUCAUUAGUAUUGAGGAUACGGAGCCCUCCACCAGCCCGGCCCCUCAUCUCUGCCUCUCUUUAUCUCUCUCUGUCUCCAUCUCUGCUGUGACCUGAGUGCCGCGUGUGUCUCUGUGUAUGUGUGUGAAUGAGGCCUCACUGUCUCGGCCGGCUUGCCCAGCCAGCCGUGUCCUCGCUCUGCAUCUCCUCCGGUGUUUCACUAAACAUGCUUGAUUAGGCAAAGUACAUUCCCGGCCCUCUAAUGGCCUGAUGAGCCCUUGAGAAGAUUACUACAGACACAUCAGCCCUGAGAGGGAGGUGCACGUUCAACCAGCUCUUUACCCCCUUUACUAACCACCAGCCACACACACACACUCAACGCGCACACAUGAAUACAGUCGGCCCUUUAACCAAAUUUGGGAUGCAAUUGAAUUAAGAUCAGAAACAGAGCUCAGGCUUGAAAUAGGGCCGUCACUGACUGGUUCUAGGAAAAGUACUGUACAUGAUGUUAUCUUACUGACGGCAUAAUUUGAUUACGUUAGUUCAACAUUACAGGGCAGCUAAAGAAUUCAGGUGUAACCUCGUAGAAGUCGCUCUGUUUAUUAAAGCCAUCAUCCUCCCUCUUCCUCACAUACUUCAUGUCAUUCCCGUCCCUCGUCUUUCAACAGCUGCACUUUGUCUUCUUCUUUCAAGUCCAUUUUUAUUGCCAGCAGACUCAUAGUAUCUCUCUGCACACACACACACACACACACACGAAUUAUCUCUAGCGAAUGUAAGCCCAGGCUGCACUUUCAUCCUGUUUGUCACUAUUAAAGGUUAGCUUGUUAAUUUAAUGAGUCGGUGACAGAAACAGAAAUCAAAGUAAUUCACAAAAUCCCGCUUUAUUUCACAUCAAAUCCUUAAUGUGUUACUUUUUUUCAGACAUUUUCAAAGCCUCUCAUGCGGUAAAUUGCUUUCCUUUGCUUGGAAAUGAUUUUGUUUGGAGUUUUUUUUGUUAAAUGUAGCACAUAUUGCCUCCAGUCCUACACACACGCACACACACACACACGCCGUCUUUAUCUCUACCCAGCACAUAUCAACACACACACACACAUGAAAUACCCACCCAGCCCUCAUGACCUAGUCUGUCUGUGUUCUUAUUCAUCAGGUUGUGUCUGUGUGCUUGUUAAAGAGAUCAUGCCUUUGUGUGUUGGGGUUGUUUGUUAUCGUGUGGCCCAGUGAUGCGAUGCCCCCCAGCCAAUAACUGCCAUCUUGCCCUACAGUGCUCCCACCGCACUGUACGCGCUUUAUGCCCCAGAAAGAGUCCAGAAACGGAGGCUGACUUGUUUUAAAUCCACCAUCGCACUCUGGAGUAGUGACGUGAAACUGCUCCCUGCCGAGCCAACAUACGAGAGGAGAAAAAAAAAAAGCACAAAAACAAGGCGAAAACAAAAUCAACAUUUGCAUUUUUGUGAAGUUGUAGAUGUAUUUAGUCAGCACUGAUCAUUUCUGUCAUGUUUGUUUUUUCUAUAGUUUGUUUCUGUGGUAGAUAUUUGGUUUGAAAUUAUAUGGGAUAUUAUUGUAUAUGAUUUCAAUUUCUCUGGUGUGCCGGAUUUGAUGACGACAAUGAAGACGAACCUGAAGACUAUCAUGAUUAUUGUUGUUGUAUUGACAGUGACAAUGAAGCAGUACUGUGAGCAGCACUGAGGUGUUGCGUGUCCCGUUUGGAUGCCCAAUCUGAAAGGAAAUGAAGAGGAAGAGGAGGAGUGAAUGAACUCAUACAGACUGAGGUUCAGAAAGAGAUUCUACUUUUCUCCUGCGGAGUGGAUUCUCCUGCUACUGUGAAGGACCCCACCGUCCUGUGGCUCUCACCAGAGGCUGGCCCCUCGCCCCAGCAUCGCCCCAGGGCCCCUGGGGCAGGCCAUCAUCAGAUGACAACACAUGUCCCUACUACGUGUACAUAACCUUGAUGCUUACAUGUAAUUUAAGUGCAGUAGCUGCAUGACGACACAGCCUCUGUGUGUGUACAGAAGUAGCGACGUGUGAAUUUGUACAGUACAUGCAAGUGUGUGUGUGCUUGUGUCCGCGAAGAAAUCUGUCUGUCGUCACGCAAAAAAGCAACACGUGCAUGCACCCACCGACAACUGCCCAGUACACACAUACACCACACAUACACAUACACACAAACACACGCCAGCAGUUGUUCACCAUUCUCCACAUUGUCCUGAGCUCUGCCUGUCACUCCGCAUGGAGACUUUGCUCUAUGUCAACUUUCUUAUUCUAAUAAACCACUCAGACAUUCA